GUGCGCCUGGAAUCCUUUCUGAGGACGUCAACGCUGAGACACUGGCGGAGGCGGCGGAGCGUUUGAAAGUCAAGAGAGUGACAACGAACGACGUGAAGCGGGAGUUGUCGUUUAAGCGCCAUGAGCGACAGGGAGACGCCUCUCCUGAAGAGUCUUUGGCAGCUUCAAAGAUGAAUAUGUUGAAGAAGAAUCCCUUUGAUGAACAUGGAGACUUUGGAAGUCGAAAAACCCUCGGCGAGAGCUGGAAUGAUGCAAUCCGACAUCUCCAAACUCCACAAGAGGGGCCUUUCAUCGAAAGGGUGGCAUCAGGAGUUGUGUUCAAGAGUCUUGCCAUGGUGGCCAUCGUUGCAAACACCGUCUACUUGGGCUGGGCUGCGGAUCAUAACGUGCAGAACAGCUGGAGACGAUUGCAAGGCCAACCGGCGGAAGUCACUUCCCGCUCUGCAGACAUCGCUUUUGCUGGUUGGUUUGGAGCGGAGCUGCUGAUCCGCGCGGCUGCAGAAAAGCUACAAUUCAUUAUAGGCGACGAAAAGUUCUGGAAUGCGUUGGACGUGUUUCUGGUGACGGAGUCCUUGAUCACCUUGGCCUGGGAUUUGCCUUCGAGUUUAGCAUUUCUGCGGAUUCUGCGAGUUUUCCGGCUGGUGCGCAUCGUACGCCUCGUGCGGACGGUUCAGGCUUUGCGAAAGCUUCGAACGAUGAUCUUCGCGAUGCUUAACUCUUUUGCUGACCUUCUCUGGGCGCUGCAAGUGGUGCUCCUCAUCGUCUUCGUGUUUAGUCUGAUAUUUCAGAAUGCAGUUGCGGCUCAUUUCGAUUCUAUCGACGGGAGCGAUAGCGUCGCAGUGAGUGCUGCCGCUGACGUCAACGAACUUUACGGUGGCCUCUAUAUCUCGAUGGUGACGCUGUGGAGUGCCGUGAGUGGCGGAAAUGAUUGGAUGCAAUAUGCAACAAUUCUGAAAGAAAUCAGCAUGGGCGAGUUUUAUUUCAUCCUCUUCAAUUUCUAUAUUGCCUUCUGUGUGAUGGGACUUUUCAACGUGGUGACGGGAGUUUUCGUCGACAGCGCAGUUUGCACGCGGACAGAGGACGAGAUCGUUCAGGGCUAUUUGGAUGAGAUGAAGUCCAUGACGGAAUCGAUCAAAGGUUUCCUCAAGAAAGCAGACAAGGAUUCUUCAGGGACUCUGACAUAUGAAGAAUUCCAGGCCCACAUGUCCAACCCGGUCGUCAAAGCCUACUUCAGCGGACUGGACAUCGAUCCUGACGAGACGAAGAUCAUCUUCACCCUGUUGGACUCCGACUGCAAUGGUGACAUCGACAUCGAGGAGUUUGUUCAUGGCACCAUGAAGCUCAAGGGCUACGCCACAAAAUUGGAUGUGAUGGCUUUGAUGUAUGAUGCAACGAGACAAAGCAUUCGAUUUGAAGCCCUAUGUGACUUUGUUGAGUGUCAAAUGAACGACAUCUUGGAUGCCUUGACUAGCAGAGGUUGACGUCCGUGUACAGCCAAAGUCACAGCUUUGUUGAUCCUUCGCGAUGUUUUCGG